AUGAAGACCGAUAUUCAUCCCCGCUUUUUCAACGCAACCGUGACCUGCGCCUGCGGGCACACCUUCCAGACUGGCGCCACAAAGCCGCAGCUCAGGGUUGAAAUCUGCAGCAAUUGCCACCCGUUCUAUACAGGUGAGCAGCGCAUCGUGGACACCCAGGGACGUAUUGAAAGAUUCAACCGGCGAUUCAACCGCCGGUAG